AUGACAAGUUCGGAUUGCGUGUUAUCUAUACGACUUUCUCAAAUUGCACGAUGUGUAGCUCGCGGUAGUGAUAGCGAGUAUAAAGUAUAUGCAGUUAUUUGCACACAGCUCCUGGAUUUACAAUUACAAUUGAAAUUCAGUCUGGAAAAAAAGGAUGGAAAAACAUCUUUAAUAGCAAAACAUUUUCUAACUCCAGUUGAAAUUUCAGCCCAGGCUGAAAUUAUCCAUGUGGUUGAUUUAUUAACUCUUUAUAACCUUCGUAUAUGCGAUAAAAGUGUAGUAAAUCAGACACGGAAGGCAAAGUCGUGCUACAUGUCGUACGAAUUAUUUAUGCAUGAAAUAGCAAAUUUGAUGAUUUACCGACUUCGAAUUCUCACGGAACGCAAAAUAAUUCGGCAAAAACGAAAGGAUGAAGCCGUGAUUAACACCCUCCAAGAAAAACCCCACUUUGGGGCAGAAUGGAAUACUUAUUCACUAAUUCAUGUUCACGAUUAUAGAUAUAAUGCUAAAAGGAUAGCAUGUUUGGCUUUUUGUUCAUGGCCACGUUUGAUAUCUUAUUACAACGCUGCUUUAUCGAAUUUCUAUCAACAUUCAAUACCCUCAUUUGGGGAAUUGUCGUAUGGAUUAGAAGUCAAAAAAAAUUGUAUUACAGAAUUGCAAGAGCGCAAAAUGCGGCUACUGUUGCUCCUACAAACCUUUCUUGUUGCUAACGUCUUGGCGAGACAUUAUCAUAUCACGAGGCGAAUAACACAUAUGCGAAGGCGACUAACGCAUACUCGUCGCCGAGUAACAAGUCAACGUUCUGAUCUUACAGAAAACCAAAAGAACAUCAAAAGUAUUCUAACCAGAGAGCCAAAAGUUCAUUUCUCAAAAACCACCAAAUACAAGGUUUGCAAAAGGGAAUAUUCUAACCAAGAAUAUUCAAAGGUGGCGCAGUUAAAGAAGGCCAUGGACAAGGACGUGGGUACUUACGUGAAAAAUAAACAAGUGUGUAACGCAAACAGAAAAACAAAGAAAAUGAUAGCAACUUAUAAACGAGACUUAGCGUCAGUGCAAACACAAUUCGCGAGCAUAUCUGGGGUGCAAGUCACAGAACUGUAUUGCAUCGCUAAAGGAGACGUGGAAAGCGGUACAUUAAGCAUGUGCAAUGAAUGUGCGUAUCGAGUGACGCUACCAGAAUCGUUUUAUCCUCGUUUUCAUUACCACUUUACUUGCGAUAACUCUGAUAAUUAUUCGUGCUUUUAUGGAGAAGGAACAUGCAUGGAGAACGUUGUCACUAGCACAGUCAAGCACGAUGAACAAGAAGUUGGAUGGAGUUAUUUUUCUGACUGGAAAGAUUAUCCCAUUGAUUUCACAAGUUCUUGCUCCUGUCAAAUUAUAGAAGGCAGUUUGUUCAGUAGUUUCGUUACAGAUUAAUACACUAUGCUGUGUCUGAAUAUGGGGUCUUGCUUCUCUUAAUUCGACAAUACCGUAAUUUUUUAAUUUAGUGCGGCUUCUUUUAUUGCGGAUAGUCAAUUUUGCGAUCUUUGAAUAAUUCUUUGUCCUCAAAUAAUAGUGCCAGUAAAGUAUCGGGAAUUUUCAAUAUUUAGUGAGACUAAAGUCAAAAUUUCUUUUAACUAUGUUGCGGAUUUACUACAACAUAAAUUUUACAAUGUAAAAAGGUCGUCUUUAUUAACAUCAGCAUCAUUUUCAAAAAGCUUGGAAGCACUUAUAAAUGCAUCUAUUAUAAAAAUGGACAAAAGAAGAAAGAAAAGAAGUUUCUGUGCGGUACUGAUAAGUUGAUGACAUGACGGCGAUUUAUCUCUUCUUAUUAUUACGGCAUGUCGAAAAUAAUUUUUUUUGGCCUCACUAAAUUAGAAAAGUUAAGGUAGAGAAAGUUUAAAGACUUCUAUGUUAAUGCAUGAAACGGACAAUUAAGGCAAAGCCCAAUAUUUAGAAAUGAAAUGAUUACAAACGAUUUUCUGAAAAAUAAAAAGUCGAUAAUGAGUGACAAAAGCGACUAAGCCUUUUUCCCGACUUUUUUCUCCGACUUUCUUUACCGACUUUUUACCGACUUUUUUUACCGACUUUUUUCAUCGACUUUUUUACCGACUUUUUUUUAUUGACUGUUUUACUUACUAUAGAGUUCUUCUUUUUCAACCCUCCAUGAACCGUUUUUUGUUACCAAUAUGCUAUGUAAUUAUUUUUUUUGAAUUUUUUUUUAAAUAAAUUUAAUUUUUUAUAUAAUGCAGGAUAGUGUUGAGCUUUCGCUGUCCCGAUAUUUUAUAUCGUAACAAUUUGUAAUAACUAUCGCAAUCUAUAACAAAUUCGACACUG